UUUUGAUGAGAUGAUGAGAUGAUGAAAAAAUUAAAACAUGUCUCGUGUUCUCAGCAUCUUCUUUGUAAAUUGCCAAUUAGCUGUUGGUUAUAAUGUUUAAUGUUAACUGUAUUAUUUUUUAAUUUUCCCGACCCUUUAUUUCAUUAGUGAGUUUCAUCAUGUUCCGACCUGAAAAGCAAGUGUCUAUCGGUUUGAUUGUUGGACUAGGAGCUGCUGCCUCAGCUGCUCUCGCUGCUCUUUAUGUUUUAUAUAAAAAAGAUGACGAAAACUUUGAACUUGAUCCUAGACUCGAAGUAACUACAUCUUCAUUUCACACUAUUCGAUCAACAACAAUUCACAAGAAUGUGCCCAAAGAAGCUACCGGAGCUGUCAUUGGUAAAGGUGGUGAAGUUAUCAAGCUAGUCCAGCGUGAGACUAAUACAAAAAUUACGUUCUCUAAUGGUCACCCUAAUGAGGAUGUUGACCGAAUAAUUGCAAUUAAAGGAUCCCCUACUGGUGUCCUAGAAGCUGAUGAGAUGAUUGAUCAAAUUAUUGCAUCAGCUCUAUCUUGUAUAAAUAAAAGGAUUUACAUUGAUGCUAGUGAGGUUGGCCUCGUAAUUGGAAAAGGUGGUUCAACUAUCAAAUCAAUAUCUGAAGAGUCAGGAGCCAAAGUCAAUAUCCCUAAACAUGUCCGAAAAGGCAAUACUGGUCUAGUGCCAGUAGAGAUUCGAGGUGAAGCAGCCAAUGUUGAAACCGCAAUAAAGAUGAUUGAUGACAAAUUGAGAAAUAGUAGAUUUGGAAAAUACGUCUAUAGGCCACCACGGAAUCAAUCGAAUGGCCACUCUUAUAUCUCCUUUAUUCCUUCCCAUUAUAAUAUUCACGAACUCACUUCAACCGUAAUGUUUGAAAAACUCGAAUCAAACCUGGAUAAUGGAUGUAUUGAUGUGUAUGUUUCUAGUGUACAAAAUCCAUCCAAGUUUUAUGUUCAACCUUGUGGAUCAAACAGUGCGGAGCUUGACCGAUUAAUGGUUGAAAUGACUGAUUUUUAUGAAAGAUCUGACAAUCGUUUGAAGGCUAAACUCAAUUCAAUUAAGGUAGGCGAUAUAGCUGCUGCUCCUCUUAGGGGAGAUGAACAUUAUUAUCGAGUUAAAAUAAUCACCUAUGAGGAUACACCAAGCAUUACUGAUGAAACAGAAGUGUCAGUGUUUUAUCUCGACUUUGGAAAUGAAGCGAUUGUCCAGAGAAAUGAACUCUUGGUUCUCCACGAAGAUUUUCUUUUUAAAUUACCCUUUCAAGCAAUUGAAUGUUCCCUUUCCGGCGUAUUGCCCGUUGCUGAUUCUGAUUGGAGUAAAGACGCUAUUGAUUAUUUCAAAAAACACACACGUGCAACUCUCUGGGAAAAAGUUUUUGCCAAACCAGUUAAAGCUACCACCGUUGAUAAAGAACCUCGACAAAAGUAUCUUGUUGAACUUAUUGAUCUUAAAGGUGAUACGGAUCUUAAUAUCGCUCAAGAUCUUAUAGAAAAAGGAUUUGCUAUCUCCACUGAUAGCUAAUUAGACCAUUUUGCAAGUUAGAACUAAAAAAUUUAACAAUUAUUUUAUAAACUUUUAACAAAUAUUUGAGCUAUCGUGGCCUACUCAUUAUUUACUUAUUAAUUAUCUAAAUUUGAUUAUCAAAUUUAACUGCAAGAUUCAAGUGUAUCACUUUGUUUCAAGUUUUCUUUUCUUACAAAUCAAAACAAUUUGCCAAAAAUUAGCUUUUCCAAGGUCCUGACUCUAUAAAUAGUUCAACUCGUCUACUUAAAUCUCAGUCAAAAUUAAUCAUUUAUAUCUCAAGGGAAAGAUCAAAAGACAAUCAUCUACCAAGAACAGUCGAUCUAUAGUUGACGAAAAAUUUAUCAUAUUCACCGAGGAGAAAGCUGAUAAGUUACAGUUAUCGCCUGUUGUGAAGAUGUAAACGAGUCCCUUUAUCUAAGGGAUUAUUGUAUCAAUUUGAUCUCAAGUUUAAAUGUUUAUUUGGAUACUUAUUAUCAAGACCGAAUCUUGUGAUGGUUCGAUAUACAAACAACUUUAUUGGAUUCCUGUAAAUUACACUGACAAGGGUUCGUUAACAAUACGGUUUUGGAUAUAAAAAUUUGGAAAUAAUCCAGCACUCAAGAGUUCCACGAAUCCAUUACUUCUUCGUCCAUCAUUUCAAUCUGUGGUGCACUCAUCACCAUUCCAACCAUUGACUUACUUUUCAUGUAUUGUAAAUCGUCACCUUUUUUGCCCAUAUCGAGGAUUCGUAUUCUGGGAACUUUAAUGACCUUUUCCAUGGCAAUUACUUUAGUCUUCCCGUCACCACCGCCACAGUUACAAUUGCAUUUACCACCAGUUGGAUAGGCUUCCCAAUCGUCGCCGCCACCUCCACCGCCACUACCUUUUUUGCCCUUUUCACCUUUAUCCAUUUUCUUGGCAUCAACUUUGGAAACCACCAAAAUCACUAAAAAAACACUGAUUAAUAGCUGCAAUCUCAUCUCGAUAAAUCCUUUACUUAAACUGUCAUCAAGAUAUGAUAAUUUCUGUCAUCUUUUUGGAGUACAAUAAUCUUGGUGCUCACAUUACCUCUUUUUCAACCCUUCGACGCUUUUCUUUUGUAUUCAAUUUUUGUCACUUGAGAGCUCAACCUUCGCAAAAAACUCAUCAAAUUUAAGAACAUUAGACUUUGAAAUUUGGUGAUUUCAAUAAUGUUAAAUCAAAUUAUGCAAAUGAACAAAUUUUUUUAUUGCUUUGUUGCAACUCGAAUAAUCUUUCAACUUUCUUUUCACCCAUUGUUCAGUCUUAUUGUUCAAUUUUUCAAAUAAUGAUGAUAUUUAUAGCCAUUGAUGAUUUAUCAUUGACUUUCCUUAGAAUGUAAAACACCUUCAAAUUUAUUUCUUAAUGUUAUUGACCUGAGACGAGUGUAAUCACAAUCCAAUUAAAACAAAAUUAGUAAUGA